CCAUCACUCCAACCUACCUACACAUUCAAAAUGUCUCCUCCACGCAAUACCACUAAAGAAGGCUACCUCUGGACCCCAACCUCUGUUACAGACGGCCUCCCCACCCACGCCACAGUCCAAGGCACACAAGUUACCUCUCUAAAAUCAUCAUACGACGUCAUCGUGAUUGGUGCCGGCUUCACAGGCCUAACCGCCGCACGCGACCUCUCACUCACAUACAACCUCCGCGUCCUCCUCAUCGACGCCCGCGACCGCAUCGGCGGCCGCACCUGGACAGCCAACGUCCUCGGUGAGGACCUGGAGAUGGGUGGGACGUGGGUACACUAGAACCAGCCGCACGUGUACAGAGAACUACACCGCAGUGGUUCCUCCCCAAGGAUGCCGGGGUCGGCGGGAUCACAAAUGUCGGUGCGGAGGAGUCUCACAAGCUAGAAGAGAUUGCGCAGCAGGUCUUCACGAUUAAUGGGCUCGAUAGCCGCACCCUCAUGCCGUUCCCGCAUGAUUCACUGCGCGAGCCCGCCCCAUGGAAAAAGUAUGACCAUCUCACUGUACGCGACCGACUGGAUCAGAUUACAGGUUUUACGAAGCGAGAGAAGGGACUUUUCGAAUUAAAUACCAAUACCUUUGGGAGUGCGCCAGCGAGCGAGAUUGGGUUCGUCAAGGCGUUGCGGUGGUUUGCGCUCGGCGGGCAUAGUAUGGCGGGCGUGUUUAAGCUUGCGGGAGUCUUUAAGUUGGGGAAGGGAGGGAUAACGGCAUUUGCAAGGAGAAUGUUUGCGGAGUUUCGAGGGGAUUCAAUUUUCGGAGGGGUUGUGAAGGAGGUGAAGCAGGUGGCGAGUGGAGUUAAGGUUCGCAUGGUGGAUAGGAGUAUGAAGAGGGCAAAGGUUGUCGUGUUGACGAUUCCAUUGAACUGCCUAAGUGAUAUCAUGUUCAGCCCGCCACUGUCACCCCUCCGACAAGAGGCAAUCGCCACCGGCCAGAUUAACCAGGGAGCGAAGAUCCACUUCAAGCUCCGCGAGACGCUACCUGGGUGGUUCUUCACCACAGAGCCUGGCCGCUCUCGCUUCGUGUUUGCCUUCUCUGAUCAUAACGGCACGCAGCCAUCCAGCCCAUCUGGGACAUACUGCAUCGGGUUCGGCUACAAUGGGAGUUUCGCGGAUAAGACUAAUGGCAAGGCCAUUGUUAGUGCGUUUAACGAAGAUAUCAAUCCGAACUAUACGGUCGAAGCGUACGUCACGCACGACUGGAUGAAUGACCCUUAUGCAAAGGGUGCGUGGGCGUGCUGGGGGCCUGGAUGCACCUCAAAGUAUCUCAAGGCUCUGCAGGAGCCGCAUGGACGAGUUGUUUUUGCGAGUGCGGACUGGGCGGAUGGGUGGAGAGGCUUUGUGGAUGGUGCUCUUGAGCGGGGUCAGGUUGCUGUGAGUGAUGUUUUGGCCUUGCUGGGAACUGAGCUGCCCGGGAUGGCCAAGCUGUAGUCGAGUGAAUGUGAUGUGGAAAAGGCCAGAGGAAUGUAUAAGUAUAUUGAUAGGGCAUUACAAAUGCUGACUGAAAAUGGUUGUUCAAUUAACCUUCCCCUAGCUCAUCCAGACCCAGGCUGCAGUAUAGACAAUAAUAGGCCAGUUGGAGUGAGCAGCAUUUGGCACCCAGACAUAGGCAUUCUACCAUGGCUCAAGCCUUAGCUACUG